GCAAGUGGCAUGAGGAGUGUUGAACAAAAAAGAUGCGAUGCUCGUACAGAGAUCGUUAUCGACGGUCAUGAUGUCCUUGCACCAUCCUGCAUUACCUUCAAAUUCAUGACCUUACCGCCGAUACUUGCAUUUUCUUGCUGUGGAUGGCAACACAAGAACAAGAACUCGCAGGGAACUAUUUUUCCUACGACCAACAACCACAUUCUCCCCUCCUGCAUUAACGCCGCGCCAUUUCCUCGCCCACCGAUCAAUGCAUGAUACCUAUCGAGCCCCCGUGACUGGCCAGCGAUUGAACAAAUCAAUCGAAUCGUCAUUGCUCCUCCCGUGGUUGUGAGGAGUUUGGGUUACACAGCAGGAAACUUUUUGGACGCGAAAAGGCUCUUUCCAUCUCUUCAGAACACUCAUUUCUUCUUUCGCAAGCCGCUGCAAGGUCAACAUGGAUCUACUGGCAACCGUCCGAAAAGAAGGCUCUCGAGGCGGUCUUGGGGACUUCAAAUGGUCCGAUGUCCAGAAUUCUUCGCAUCGUGAGCAUUAUCUCGGCCACUCGUUGAUGGCACCAGUCGGCCGAUGGCAGAAAGGCCGGGAUCUCAGUUGGUAUGCUAAACCUGACGAGGAGUCAGUGGACGGAGAAGACCCCGCCGCAAAAGCUGCAAGAGAACGGAAAGAAGAGAUACGAAGGGUGAAAGAGGCUGAAGAGGAUGCACUCGCCAGGGCAUUGGGAUUGCCAGUCGCGCCACGAGACAACCCCAAUAUGCAAGAGUUAGGCGCCCAACGAGAAGUCGCGAAAGUUUUGAAAGAGGCUGCAGAAGAGGAUGAUACACCAGGAUCAAGGGGCGUCGGUCAUGGCCGCGUAGCAGGGAUACCAGGAUCGAAGGCAGGUGAGGUGACGACCGAACGACUUGAAGGCAUGAGCAAUGGACAUGAUCAGGAGCUUCAAUAUGCACUUAAAGAAUACACAAGACGACAUGGUGAUCGAAGGCAUGGCAGUGGAAGCCGGGAUGAUGCCCAUGAACGGCAUCGUCGCCAUCAUCGGAAGCACAGAGACGAUGACCGUCGACACAGGGGACAUAGAAAUCGUUCGCCAGACGAGAGAGGGGAUAGACGGCGCUCAAGAUCCGCAUCUCUGGACCGGAGUACAAAGCGCGAUCGGAGACGAGGCUCCCGAAGCAGGUCACCUGGUCGACAUCGGCGAGAGGAUGGGUACAGACGUCGCGACGCUGCAAGACGAGACGACCGACGAUGAUGCUCUCAUUGCUAGACU